UUUGGGAAUUUGGGUGUUUGGGGAUGUGGGGACAUGGGGACACAGGGAUGUGGGUGUGAGGGGACUUGGGGACAUGGGAAUGAGCACGAACAGGGGGACGGAGCCAGGCCACGCGUGUGCUCCAUGGGACAGAGCCAGGACACGCGUGUUCUCCAGGGGACGGAGCCAGGACACGCGUGUGCUUCAUGGGACAGAGCCAGGACACGCGUGUGCUCCAGGGGACGGAGCCAGGACACGCGUGUGCUUCAUGGGACAGAGCCAGGACACGCGUGUUCUCCAGGGGACGGAGCCAGGCCACGCGCCUGCCCGCGGUCACCGUGUCACCACACGCGUGGGAUCGCGGCCCCGGUGUCACCACACGGUGUCACAGCGCACGGUCACCGUGUCACCGCACCCAACCCCGCUGCCACCUCCGGCCAUCCCGGUGCCACCUCCCGCGUGCCCGGGGUCGCAGCGGGGCAGGAAAGGCCCCGGCGCCAGCGCAUUGUUCUUCCCCCCCCGCCCGCCACUUCCCCCCCGGCACGGAAACGUCCCCAUUGUCCCCAGGGGGGCACGGCGGGCACGCACCCGCGGGGACAGCGGGGACAGCGGGGACAAACCCCCCCCCCGUGCGACCACCCGCGCCCCCCACCCCGGCCACGGCCGGUGCUGCCGCGGGGGGGUCCCAGGGGUGUCCCGGGGGUGUCCCGGGGGGUGUCCCCACGGUCCCCUGGGCCCUCCCGAGCCCCCCGGAGCCCCCCGGGCCCGGCCCAGCUGCGCGGCCGCCGUUGCAUCAGCGGCGCUGGAAUGCGGCGGCUGCCGGGCGAGGCCCCCGACCCCGGCCCCUGCCCGCCCCCCGCCCCCUUUGCACGCCCCCCGUCCCCCUGCACGCCCCCAGCCCCCCCUUGCGCACGCGGCCGCGCGCCCCGCACGGGUCGGGGGUGUCCCCGCGUGUCCCCGCGUGUCCCCGAGUGUCCCCCCCUUUGCACCAGCACGGGGGGGCUGCACACGCGCCCCGUGUCCCCCUGGGGGGGUCCUACUGUCCCCUCAUGUGCCCCCAAGGAGGUGCCAGCGCCGUGUGCCCCCCUGGGAGUUCUGUGUCCCCCUGGGGGUCCUGUCCCCCCCCGUGUCCCCCCCACCCCUCCGUGGGAACGGCUCCAGCCCCGGCCCCGUUUCCGCUCUUCCCUUCCAGGAAGCGGCCGCCGGGAUCCGGCCCCCCCCGUGUCCCCCGCGGUGUCCCCUUCCUCCGGCCGUGUCCCCUUCCUCCCUCGUGUCCCCCUCCUCCCGCGGUGUCCCUUUCCCAAGCCCCCGUGUCCCCCGCCGUGUCCCCUUCCUCCCGCGGUGUCCCCGGCCCUGCCACCCCCUGGCCUGGCCCGCUCCUGUCCCCCCUGUCCUGUCCUGCAGUGUCCCCCGUGUCCUCCCCCAUGUCCCUGUGCCUGUCCCGCUCGUGUCCCCACACGGUGUCCCUGUGUGCUGGUGUCCCCAAAUGUCCCCGUACCCCGGUGUCCCCGUACCCCGGUGUCCCCGUACCCCGGUGUCCCUGUCCCUCAGUCCCGCUGUCCCGGUGUCCUCGUCCCUCAGUCCCGCUGUCCCAAGGUGUCCCAGUGCCUUUCGGGUGUCCCCGUCCCCGCUGUCCCGUUGCCCUCAGGGUGUCCCUGAUGUCCCUGGGUGUCCUUCAGGUGUCCCCAUCCCUGAUGUCCCCAUGGCCCUGCGCUGUCCCAGGGUGUCCCGGUGUCCUUGGAGUGUCCCGGUGUCCUCGAGUGUCCCAUUCCCUUCUGUCCCGGUGUCCCCGGGGUGUCCCUGUCCCUUCUGUCCCGGUGUCCCCGGGGUGUCCCGCUGUCCUCGGGGUGUCCCUGUCCCUUCUGUCCCGCUGUCCCCGGGUGUCCCUCUGUCCCCGGGGUGUCCCGCUGUCCCCGGGGGUGUCCCUGUCCCUUCUGUCCCGCUCCCCGCGGGAUGUCCCCGUCCCUGCUGUCCCCGUGUCCCCGGCGUGCCCCGCUCCCCCCGGGCUCCCCGGUGCCGGUGCCGGUGCCGGUGCCCGGCGGGGCUCUGGCUCCUCCCCGGUGAGUCACGGCGGGGCGGGGCGGCCCCGGGCCCCCCCCGGCACUUUCCGAGGGGACUCGGGAGCGGGAGCAGCGCCGAGCCCGGGCAGCCCCGACCGCCAUGGCCCCGGCCGCGGCCCCCCCGCGCCGCCCCCGGGCCCGGAUGGCGCUGCCGGUGCCGCUGCCGUGUGCCGCUGCCGCUGCUGCUGCCGCUGCUGCUCCCGCCGGUGGCCGCCUUCAACCUGGAGGCGUCGCGGCCCGUGGUGUUCCGCGGGGCCCCCGGCUCCUUCUUCGGCUUCGCGCUGGACUUCUACCUGCCCGAGCCCCGCAGUGUCAGCAUCCUGGUGGGGGCCCCCAAGGCCAACACGAGCCAGCCCAAUGUCACCCAGGGGGGGGGCCGUGUUCCACUGCCCCUGGCCCCCCGCGGCGGCUGCGCCCCCAUCGACUUCGACCACAUCGGGACCCGCACCCACGACUUUGGGGGCAACAGCAGCGAGGGCGCCGAGCCCGUGGAGUUCAAAUCCCUGCAGUGGUUCGGGGCCACCGUGAGGGCCCACAACGGCUCCAUCCUGGCCUGCGCCCCCCUGUACAGCUGGAGCCCCCCCAAGGAGGAGGGGGGGGCGCGGGAGCCGGUGGGCUCCUGCUUCCUGUCCCUGGGCAACUUCUCCAAGUUCGUGGAGUACGCGCCUUGCCGCUCAGACCUGAACUCGGCGGCCGGGCAGGGCUACUGCCAGGGGGGCUUCAGCGCCGAGUUCACCCAGGUGGGCUCGGGUGCUCUGGGGGGGCCCGGCAGCUACUUCUGGCAAGGGCAGGUGAUGUCGGCCACCCAGGAGCAGAUCGCGGCCGGGAACUUCCCCGAGUACCUGAUCCAGGAGGUGCCGGGACAGCUCCAGACGCGGCAGGCGGAGCCCCAGCACGACGACAGCUACAUGGGCUACUCGGUGACAGUCGGGGAGUUCAGCGGUGACACCACGCAAGACUUCGUGGCCGGUGUCCCCAAGGGCAACCUGACCUACGGCUACGUCACCAUCCUCAACGGCACCAACAUGAAGUCGCUGUACAACUUCUCGGGGGAGCAGAUGGCCUCGUACUUCGGCUACGCCGUGGCCGCCACCGACGUCAACAACGACGGGCUCACGGACCUGCUGGUGGGCGCCCCGCUGUUCAUGGCGCGCAGCGGCGCGGGGGGGGCGCGGGAGCUGGGCCGGGUGUACGUGUACCUGCACCGGGGGGGGGGGCUCCCGCGCCCCCCGCCCCCCCUCACCGGCCAGCACGAGUUCGGCCGCUUCGGCAGCGCCAUCGCCGCGCUGGGGGACCUGGACCGGGACGGAUACAACGACGUGGCCGUGGGGGCCCCGCUGGGGGCCGAGGGUCGCCGGGGGCUCGUGUUCAUCUUCCGGGGGGGCCCGGGGGGGCUGCGGGCCCGGCCCGCCCAGGUGCUGCGGGGGAUGGGCGCGCCCCGCGGGCACCCCGACUUCUUCGGGGCCGCCCUGCGCGGGGCCAGCGACCUGGACGGCAACGGCUACCCCGAUCUCCUGGUUGGCGCCUUCGGGGCGGACGCGGCCGUGGUUUACAGGGGCCGCCCCAUCGUCCACGCCAGCGCCAGCCUGGCCAUCGUCCCCUCCAUGUUCAACCCCGAGGAGCGCGGCUGCGCCCUCCAGGGGACGCACGGUGCCACCCCUGUGUCCCCCCCCAGCAUCAAUGUCACCUUCUGCCUCAACGCCUCCGGACGUCACCUGCCCGGGCCCAUCGGUGAGGGGACAGCGACACGGGGGGGGGACAGGGACACGGGGGGGGGACAAUGGGCUGGCGCUGGAGCUGAGCGCGGACGGGGCCAAGGCGGGGGGGGCGCGGCGCGCGCUGUUCCUGGGGGGGGGCGCGGGGGGGGCGCCCCCUCCCCCACCCGGAACCUGACCCUGGAGGUCCCCAACGGGGGGACCCCGCGCUGCCACACGCUGCCCGUCAUCCUCAGGAACGAGUCCGAGUUCCGGGACAAGCUGUCGCCCAUCGCGCUGUCCCUGAGCCUGGCCCUGGACCCGGCCGUGUCCCCUCCCCCGCCGGGGCUGUCCCCGCUGCUGUCCCCGGCCACGCGCACGCGCCUGGAGGCCAAGGCCCACAUCCAGCUGGACUGCGAGGACAAUGUCUGUGUGCCCGACCUGCAGCUCGAGGCCAGCGCGGACCGGCGGGCGGUGUUCCUGGGGGACAGGAACAGCCUCAACGUGACGUUCCAGGCGCGGAACGUGGGCGAGGGGGGGGCGUACGAGGCCGAGCUGCACGUGCGGCCCCCCCCGGGCGCGCUCUACUCGGGGGUGCUGCGGCCCCACGGGAAUUUCUCGGCGCUGAGCUGCGAGCUGGGGGGGGGCAACGGCUCGAGCCCCCUGGUGUGCGACCUGGGCAACCCCAUGAAGGCGGGGGCCAGCAUCUGGGGGGGGCUGCGCUUCACCCUCCCCCACCUGAGCGACGGCAGCAGCAGCGUGCGCUUCGAGCUGCAGAUCCGCAGCAAGAACGCCAACAACUCCCAGAGCGCCGUGGUGCCCGUGGCGCUGGCCGUGAGGGCGGCCACCAGGGUGUCCGUGCUGGGGGUGCCGGCCGACGUUGUCACCAUCCCCGAGGGGGGGUGGGGACCCGACCCCCCCCAGCGGCUGCAGGACCUGGGGCCACCCGUGGAGCACGUGUACGAGGUGGUGAACGAGGGUCCCGGUGCCAUCAGCCAGGGCACGCUGGAGCUCAGCUGUCCCCUGGGCCACCGCGGCCACCCCCCUGCUCUACGUCACCCGGCCACUCGGGGCUGCCCAACUGCUCGGCCAGCCACGGCACGGACCCGCUGCGGCUGGGACAGGGACAGGGACAGGGGACACUGGGGACAGGGGGGACAGCCACGGCACGGACCCGCUGCGGCUGGAGCAGAGCCCCGGCUCACACGUCCUGCAGCGCCGGGACACCGAGGCCAGCGGGGACAGCGGGGACACCCUGGGCUGUCCCGAGGCCGAGUGUUUCGGCUGAGCUGCCCCUCGGGGCCGCUGGAGCGGCAGCAGCGCGUCACCCUGCGGCUGAGCUUCCGCCCGCGGAGCCCCCCCCCGCGCCAGCAGGAGCAGUGGCCGCUGUCCCUGCGCUGUGACGCCGAGUUCCGAGUGCUGCGGCUGCCGUACCGCGUGCGGCCCGAGAGCUACCCGCGCCACCGGCUGCAGGUGGUGACAGCGCUGUCGCGGGCGCGGCCCGAGGCGGGCGGGGGGGUCCCGGUGUGGGUGGUGGUCCUGGCCGUGCUCCUGGGGCUGCUCCUGCUCGGCCUCCUCUGCUACGGCCUCUACAAGCUGGGUUUCUUCAAGCGCUCGGGGCCCUACGGCACCGCCAUGGAGAAGGCGCAGCUGAAACCCAGGCGGCCUCGGAGGCCUGAGCUUGGGGACAUCCCAUGGCCUGGGGACAUCCACGGCUGAGGACAUCUCUACGGCUUGGGACAUCUCACAGCCUGGGGACACCCCAGGACUUGGGGACACCCACGGCUGGGGACACUCCAUGGCUUCAGGACAUCCCACGGCUUGGGGACAUCCCAGAGCUUGGGGACAUCUCACAGCCUGGGGACAUCCCAGAGCUUGGAGACACGCCGUGGCCAAGGCCACCCCAUGGCUUGGGGACACUUCACAGCUUGGGGCCGUCCCCACACCUGGGGACACCCCAUGGCUUGGGGACCCCGCGAGGACAGUGUCACCUGCGCGGCUGGGGACCCCGCACUGCCAGCGGUGUCACCCGCUACGGACAGGGACCCCACAAGGUGACGUCACCUGCGUCACCGCUGGGGACCCUCCCAUGGCUGGGGACCCCGCAAGGACAGUGUCACCUGCACCGCGGUGUCACCUGCACCGCGGUGUCACCUGCAUGGCCAAUGUCACCUGCAUCGGUGACAUCCCCCCCUCCACGCCCCCGGCUGGGGACACCCACAGCGCCCCCCCCACACUGGCACGGCCACCACCGGGCUGGGGACAGCGCCACAGAACGGUCACCGGCUGGGGACAGCGUCACUGAACUGUCACUGAGCUGGGGACACGGUCAUGGGAACUGUCACUGAGCUGGGGACACGGUCAUGGGAACUGUCACCGGGCUGGGGACAGCGUCACUGAACUGUCACUGAGCUGGGGACAGCGUCACUGAACUGUCACCGAGCUGGGGACACUGUCCCAUGAACUGUCAGCACGUUGGGGACACUGUCCCAGAAUUGUCACCAGGCUCAGGACACGGUCACUGAACUGUCACCGCACUGGGGACACCGUCACAGAACUGUCACUUUAUUGAGGACACUGCCACAGAACUGUCACCGCACUGGGGAACCACCAGGACGUGUCCCCAUGGCACAGCUGCCACCACCGGCUUGGGGACACCAAACUGGGAACCCCCGGACUGGGAACAGCCAGGAUGUGUCACCAGCGGGGACUGUCACCAGCAGGAACUGUCACCACUGGACUGGGAAUUGUCACCAGUGGGAACUGUCACCACCGGGCUGGGAACUGCUGGCACAGGGGUGGCACCGAGCUGGCACCAGCACGGACACUGCAGGGGACACUGGGACACCACGGGGACACCAGGACACCUGUGGGACACCAGGACAUGUCCCCCGCGCUGUCACCUCACCCGGGACAGGACCUGGUGGCGGUGUCACAGUGUCACCCUGUGCCAGCGUGACCCGGGGACGCUGCCACCCACUGUCCCCAAUGACACCCGCUGUCCCCCAGUGUCACCCACUGUCCCAAUGACACCCGCUGUCCCCCAGUGCCACCGCCCUGCACUGCCCUGCCCCCGCCGCGGGCACCUCACUUUGCACUGACCCCGACUCUGGGGGACAGCCUCGACCCCCCUGGCCCCGGGGUGUCCCCAGGGUGUCCCCGGGUGUCCCUGGGGUGUCCCCAGGGUGUCCUGGUGUCCCCAGGGUGUCCCUGGCUGCCCCUGCGGUGUCCCCCGGGUGUCCCGGGGCUGUCCCGGGGCUGUCCCCAGGGUGUCCCCAGGGUGUCCCCGGUGUCCCCAGGGUGUCCCUGGGGUGUCCCCAGGGUGUCCCCGGGCUGUCCCCGCUGUCACGGGGGGUUUGCACUACGGGGGGCGCGGCUUCGGUUUGUAUUUAAUUGGGGGGGGGCGGCCUCGGGGCCCCCCAAUAAACGAGUCUGACCCUGA